AAAAUUUCUUUACUGAGGAAAUUAUUGAACAACAUUGUCUUUGAAAACGAAUUAGACGUGGAACGACCUGUGCAAUGCCAAACGUGUCCAAUCAAAAUGGCCGCGUUUCUGUAACUGCUGAGUUUGCAGAUAAAAACUGGAAGUCCAGUAGAGCUAAAAAUGGCUGAACCCAAUCAUGCCAUGAUAAGUACAAAGAUAGAAAACAUUCAACAGGGAAAUGAAAAUGCACCAAACUUUAGUUUUGUCAUAGCGGACAGUACAAAUUCUGGGGAAAUGAGGUCACAAACUGAUAGAAAUGUGCCGGAUAAUCUCUCCCCUCAGUUCCAAAGUGCAGGGAACUACACUUCUAGUGAGAAUGCUGAGGGAAGCUUCAGUAUGGAACUGGAUAACCCCCAGAACAGUGGGUCAGAGAACAUGACCCCAGAAAUGUUAGGUUCCCCGGAGAUACAGAUAAACAGCCAGGGGAUGACAGUGUCAUCUCACGCAGUGGUCAGUGCGGCGUCGGUACAUUCACCCAGCAAUGAGAUGGUGGUACAGCCCAUCAUACAGGUCACAGGGGUCAAUGACGAUACACAGGUGUACACAGGAGGAGAAGACCCAUCAGCUAACUCCUCCCCCUGUAUGAUCUGCAAUGACAGGGGGUCAGGAUAUCACUACUCAGUUUUCUCUUGCGAGGGUUGUAAAGGAUUCUUUAAGCGUAGCGUCCAGAAGAACUUGGUGUACACUUGUAAAAAUGACGGGAACUGCAUCAUCAACAAAUUCACCAGGAACAACUGCCAGUACUGUCGCUUCGUUAAAUGUACACAGAUGGGCAUGAAGAGAGAAGCUGUGAGGGAGGACAGAUCGCCGGGAGGAAAACACAGAAACAAGAAGCCCCGUCUGGAUGAAAUUCGGGCCAUGGUUAACACGGAUGGGGAGGUUUUAUUUGUGCCGGGGAUCCAGGAAUCAAAAACCGGGGAAACGUUUGAGGAUCCCAUCACAGAAGGCCUAAUUAAUGCCAGACCUGAUCUGAUACCAAGGGUUGAUGGAAAUAUCUGCCUACAGAGCAUGGGUAUAAAUCAGCUAAUGCAGUAUGGGUAUGCUGAAUUGAAAUACAUUAUUGACUGGGCAAAGAAAGUUCCUGGUUUUACGGAGUUACGACUGGAGGAUCAGAUGGCGUUGUUAAAGUCAUCCUUCAUGGAGCUGAAUGUCCUCAGAUUGUCAUACAGGUCGAUGGAUACAGGUAGCUGUAUAAAAUUUGCUGAAGGAUUGAAGGUCCCUAUAGAGCUGGCUCAGAAGAUGGGGUGGGGGAAGGAGUUGGUAGCCGCUACGGUGGAGUUCUCAGCCAGGCUGAAGGAGCUAAAUAUUGACAAAGUAGAGUUCUGUAUCCUGAAUGGCAUUGUGCUAACAUAUCCAGAUGCUCAGAAUUUGAUGGACAAACAGAAAGUGAUCCUGCUACAGACUCAGAUAUUGGACAGAUUACGUAAAUAUCACACCCACAAGUUCCCGGGUAACGUAAAGAGAUACGGCAAAAUGCUGCUCCGAUUACCAUUCCUACGUACCGUCAGCGCUAAAGCAGCAGAAAGGUUUCUAUCACUGACUUUGGAUGGUACUCUGCAGCUAAAUGAGCUGGUGCUAGAAAUGAUCAACUGAUAUAUUGACCGUGUUGUGUAUCAAAGCUUCACUAUUUCUGUGCUGUUACAACGAAGCUGGAUUUCUUGUGUUCAUAUUGUGUAUUUGCAUGGAUUUUUUUUUUCACUUGUUGAUUUUAUUGAAAUUCACUGAAAAUCAUUUUUAUCUCUGCAAAAUUAAAACUUGGCCAUUGGUACAUAUAUUUAUUUCCACGUAUACCUCCUAAAUACAUGCUAUAACAUGAAGAUAUGUUUUUUUUGUUAUGUACCAGGUACAUGACUGUAUAAAUGUCUCUUAUUGACACAGGUUCGCUUUUCAAGUCAUAAAAUGAAUUGAUUUAAGUGACAUGGAACACAUUAAGUGGGAAUAAUCCAUUAAUUGAUUGUGAUUUGUGAUACCCAAAUGUUCCUCCCAGAUAUAAUUUUUGAAAAGUUAACUUUCUUGUUAUAAUCAUGCUUUCAUUUCAAGUGUCUUGCAUUAAGCUUGUAGCCUUAGUAGUGUUAGUGGUAUACACAGUGCCUGUGCUGUGUGGAGUGAUCUCGUUAAUGCAGUUCAUGCAGUCAACUAUUGAUGGGAUUUUGCAUAAAUAGGGAAAAAAAACCAAUUUUGAAUUAUACCAGCAGACAUUUGUAUAUUUGAUUUAAAAAAAAAAAACAGUUUCUGUUUGGAAAUAUUAGGAAGUACACUUCAGUAUAUUAUGAGUUCCAUAAAUCUAUAUGUGUAUUGUGAUUUGUUUUACUGAAAAGAUCUUGAUUAGUGUGUAAAAAUAUUAACUUGAGAGGGCAGUUUUGUUUUUAGAACACUUAUGGCAUCAUUAUGUCUAUGAAUUUAUCGAUAUGCCAUGUGCUAAAAACAUUUUUAAAAUUAAUGAAUUUAGACAUUCUUUGAAAUGUUUGUUAAAUUAAGACUGAGGCAUCAAUACAUUUUAUUCACAUUAAUCAAGUCUUUUUUUUUUAAAUAGCAAAGUCAUAUUCUGAAUUUUUUUUUCUUUUUGCAUUUUGGAAUAAUUUUAUCUCCUGUAAAUUCUUCUUUAAUUAUUUUUAUUAUAUAUCAUUAAGGAAGAUUUUCAAGCACCUUAAAAUUCCUAGGUUGAUUGCCUAUGAAUCUUAUAAUGUAUGUCACAGUGUGAGUGGAUCAAAUUUUUUUUGUAAGAAAAGCGUUUCACAUUCCUGAUUUAAAAUUAAAUUUUGUUUAUUUUCAUAGUGGAUGCAUAUCUCAUAAAUUUUGCCUUUAAUGUCUAAAAAUCAGGUUGUGUGUAAGUGUUACGUUUGUUGAAAAAGGUUGAACUUUGGUAUCUCGAGUAUCUCAGUAUCAUGGAUAUAUGGAAGUGAGUUGGGAGUCCCAAUCACAUUUAACCUCUGUAUUUGAAAUCCUUAGAUAUCUCUAAGUUUGUUACUGACCAGAUGUCUUUUAGGUAGCAAAGUUGGACUGUAUAUAUAUUGAUAUAAACUAGAAUGCAGACUGGUCCAUGUCCUCAUCUGUCAUUAUAUAUUUAAUGUAUGCUAGUGAAUACUGUAAUUAGUAUUCCAGUUCUACACAAAGAGUCUAUGUGUGUGGAUCGUCUUAUUCUUCUAUAUUCCAAACCUUACUACUGUUAUCAGUUCUGACAGAUUAGAACAUAUAAUAUAUUUAUAUUUUUGUACAAAUUAAUGUGUCAGAUUUUAUUGGAAUUGUUUUUGAGGCUGCAUUUAUUUUGAAUAACUAUAUAUUUAAAAUUUUGUGGUAGGUAAAGAAGCAAAGAUUUGAAUAUAUAUAGGAUAAAUAUAUCACUGUUUUAUUUGAUGUCCAAUUCUUUGUCAUUUACAUGUUGAUUUUUUUUGCAAUGAUCAAUUAACAUGAAUUCAAUAUGCAGUUGUGUGCAAUUUACAUUAGAAUUAAUAGUAUACUUUAAAUACCUACCUUUUAUUUAUGAAAUGAAAGAGUACAGUUGGAAAAUUAAGUUUCAUUUAUAGCAUAUGAAACACAUUUUUAUAUUCUAGAACUAAAAAAGACACAACUUUACAAAAGAUCUGCAAUAUUAAAGUCAUUAUACAAAUAACUAGUGUAGUUCAUCAGAGUUUCGACAAUAUACUGGUAUGUCAAAACUGUUGUCAAGUAAAGAUAUAAAAAAUA